CUAUAAAGCCCAGGCCCCUGGUAGCAGGUUGCGGUUGACGGCCUCAAAGUUCCUGGCUAUUCAGACCACGGAAGACGACACCUUUCCUGGCGACCCCACUCUGAGCUCCUGACACCAUGAAUCUUCCUUUUGCAAAGGUCUCCUGGGCCACCGUGACGCUGCUGCUUCUGCUACUGUUGCUGCCGCCUGCGGUGCUGUCGCCCGGGGCGGCGGCGCAGCCACUGCCCGACUGCUGCCGUCAAAAGACGUGCUCCUGCCGCCUCUACGAGCUGCUACACGGCGCUGGCAAUCACGCGGCCGGCAUCCUCACUCUGGGCAAGCGGCGGCCAGGGCCCCCGGGCUUGCAAGGCCGGCUGCAGCGCCUCCUGCAGGCCAGCGGCAACCACGCAGCGGGCAUCCUGACCAUGGGCCGCCGCGCAGGCGCAGAGCCAGCGCCGCGCCUCUGCCCGGGGCGCCGGUGUCUCGCGGCGGCUGCCUCAUCUGUAGCGCCUGGAGGACGGUCUGGGAUCUGAGCCCUUGCUCGGGUUCUGCCUGGCCCCACCCUAGCCCGGCCCUCUCCCCUCUGCCCGCCCGAGGUCAGCCCCCCCAGAAAAAGGGCAAUAAAGACGAAGUCUCCCUCUGUUA